AUGAAGGAAGAACAGCCGAGCGGAGUCCUCGCUUCAGACGACCCGAGGAAUUCGGCGAUGGAACAAGCCAACUCGGACAAUGGUAGCAAGACGCUGAAUCAGUCUGACGAAGAGAAGAGCACCGUUCAUGUCUUUAAUGAGCAGACGAAUUAUGUGCGGUCAAGGACAAUCAUUACGAUCUUCCUGGCUUGUGCCACCGUUGAUCUGGUGGCUCUCAUGGACCAGACAACAUUGGCCGCCAGUUUGAACAUCAUCGGCAAUGCUCUCAACUCUAGCAACCAGACCGCUUGGAUUGCAAGUGGCUAUUUCAUAACGUCGACUACAGCCUCUUCCGUUGCAGCGACCGGCACGCAGCUCAUCGUAUUUCGAGCUUGGACCGGUAUUGGCGGCGGUGGGCUCAUGACCGUGGCACAGAUGAUUGUCAGUGAUGUGGUUCCCCUGAGAGAACGAGGAAAGUAUCAAGGAAUUCUGGGAGCAGUUGUGGCGAUUGCCAACGGUAUUGGUCCUGUUAUCGGCGGCGCUUUAGCUUCGCAGUCACGAGACUCCUGGAGAUGGAUAUUCCGUCUCAACAUGCCGCUGACCCUGCUGUGCACUGUCUGUGUUGUCUUCUUUAUGCCACUGAGAAAGGUGGAAGGCGAUUGGAAAAUGAAGCUCAAGGCAGUGGACUUCGUCGGCAGUGGCUUAGCUUUGGCUGGCACUUCAGUUCUGAUGCUUGGUCUGACAUGGGGUGGCGGCGAGUACCCAUGGAACUCAGCGCAUGUCAUAGCCACAAUUGUUGUUGGCUUCGUCGUCUGCGUUGCUUUUGUGAUGUGGCAGUGGAAGGGGGCCAAGUUCCCACUCGUUCCUUUGCAUAUUUUCAAGUCUAAGAUCGUCAACGGCGCCUGUAUUACCAUGGCUAUCAACGGCUGGAACUUCGUUGUGCAGGUCUACUACAUCCCAGCCUUCUAUCAACUGGCGUACAACUACUCAGCAACCAAAGCUGGCGCUAUGCUGCUUCCCGUCACUCUGACACAAACCUUGUUCAGCACACUGUCUGGUCUCGUUGUUCAUAAGGUCGGUCGAUACAGGGAAUGCAUCCUCCUUGGCUGGGUGAUGUGGGCUGUAGGCGUCGGUCUCAUGUCUACCUUGGAUGAAAACUCUAGUGUUGGCAAGCAAGUAGGGUACUCCUUACUCAUUGGAGCUGGUGUUGGCAAUACUCUUCAGCCCGCCUUGAUUGCGAUCCAAGCAGGUGUUAGCCGCAGAGACAUGGCCGUAGUAACCUCGUUCCGCAAUUUUAUCAGAAACCUUGGAAGCACGAUUGGUUUGGCAAUCUCGGGUACACUCAUUAACAAUAUCUUGUCAGCAAGCAUCGCUGGUCUUGGUCUGGCAGAUGAUGAAGCCAGAAGACUUCUUGCCAAUCCCCAGCAUGUCCUGUCAGAAAUGUCUCAAGCCGACGCAGAUCAGGCAAGGGCUGUCCUGCUGCCAGGUUAUCGAAAAGCAUUCCGCAUCAUAUUCCUCGUCAUGGCUGGGCUUGCUUCGGUGGCAUUUUUUGUUGCAUUCUUCCUGAUGCCACAGGUAGAGUUGAGCCGACCUGACGACAAGGAUUUGAAGGACGCUGCACGCAAGACGACGGAAGAGAAAAAGGCCGAAUCUUAG